AUGCUGCGGAUUGCCUUCGCAUUGCUGUCUUUAGCGAACGCGUGGUGGGACCAUGGUCACAUGAUGGUGGCUGAAAUCGCCAGGCAGCAGUUGACGUCGGAGCAGCUGACCCACAUCAACGAAAUCUUGAAGGACUUUUCAAUCGACUAUCCGGCAGCCUCUGACGUGGUCACGGCAGCAGUGUGGCCAGACCUGAUCAAGUGCUCCGGCAGCUUCUGCCACACGGAGGUGAUUGAUAAUAUGCACAUCUUCGACUCCUGGCACUUCAACGGAAGGCCGUACAAUCCCGAGAACAUGAAGCUUCCAGCUGGCAGCAACAAUUGGCAGAACAACCCAUCUGCCCUGUACACGAUGACAUCUGGCUUCAUCUCUCUGGGCAGCUCUAACUCUCGCUUCACACACAACUUCUUCAUUCGCUGGCUGCUGCAUGUUGUGGGCGACGUCCAUCAACCGCUGCACAGUUGUGAUGGAUACUUUGACAACGACCGUCUUGGGCACUUCCCGUUCAGUGAUCUGGGCGGCAACAGGAUCCCCAUUGAAAGUCCGUGUGCGAACAACCUGCACGCCUACUGGGACUCUGCGGGUUGCAGCUAUGUUGUCAACUGGUCGCCGCAGAUAGACGCAGUACGCAAGCAGCUAACAGCAAACGCAACUGCCCUGGUGGCCAAGUAUCCGAAAACGUCCCCUGCUUUCGCCGGCCGCUAUGUCGAGGAUGAGUUGCAUGACUGCUGGAAUGCUCUGCUGGCCGGACGUGCUGCCACUGUCAAGCCGUUCGACGUUUGCAAGCAAGUAUUCUUUUCGUGGUCUAACGACACGUUCAACAAUGGCGUUGAGCGAGCGUACACUGGCAUUACACGAGAGUCACCCAUUCCGGAUGAUUAUGCAGCGUGGGUGAAGGAGUUUUCUGAGCAGCAGUUCGUUCUUGCAGGGUACCGCCUUGGAGGACUCCUGCAACUCGUUGCAUCACGAUCGGUGAUGUCAAGUCCAGGAGCCCCACACCCGCCAGGACAAUGGACGCUCGCCGCGAAGCUUUUUGCAAUACUUUCCCUGUUGCUGGCGGUUCUUGUAGCUAUGUUGCUACGGUCAGUCCUCAAGUUGCGCCGGAACCUCGUUGAAGUCUCCUUAGUUGAGGGCAUCGACCCACACGUCUAG